AUGCCACGAGCUAUUAGAGAUAUAAUAUCAGUCCUUUGGUUGAUCAGAACAGGCGUACUUGUUGAAUGCGACCCUUCGAUAAAAGCCAUUAUUGUCAAGAUAGACAGUUCGAGUCAUGCGUACAUUGUCGAAGAAUUAGAUGACCAGACACUAGUAAUUAAAGAAAAUAUGCUGGGGCAACUAAAGAGACAACUUGACGAGAUCCUCAAGGAAACACAGGUGGCUAUCGAGAGUGACGACGAAAAAUAA